AAGUGCAGGUAAAAUGAUCAGGCGAAAAACUAAACAACAGGCCAGUGAAAAGCAACGACUCUCCGAGGCGAAGGCUGAAAUCCGAGAGAAAGAUAAAGAACGGGCCAUCUUCUUCCGUCAUAUUGGUGAAAUAGCUGAUCGAUAUGCCUGGAAAGGCAUUCACCACGACGGUAAUAUCUCACGGAAAAAGCGGCCAGCCAACAAAAAUCCAGCUAAUCCUACAGCUAUAAUUCCUCUUGGGAAUAAGUCACUUGUUCCAUUUCCCUCUGCCUGGAAGGAAUCGUUGCUCAAGCGUGUAGGCUUACAGACUCGGAAUCCAUCGUUAAUAGAUGAGUUGUUGCAAGAAGUUGAUUCAGAUUAUUGCUCAGCCCUGAAAAACCUGAAACCAAUCAAUUUAGCAUUUCCAUUAAUACCACCAGUAGAAUAUGGACUUGUACUGGAUAAUAGUAAAAACAAUUUCAAAGAGGCAUUUCGGGUUAUCCAACGCAAUCUACUUCGAUGUCAUCCUCUGAUACAUCGUCCGGCAGUUCAUUUGCGAUCAAAGUUGAGCAGCAUUCGAUUGAAAGGUCUACCUAGCAAGCAGUAUGUACGACUUGAGGAUAUGGUUGAAUCCAUUUUGUUGGUGUGGACAAAAACAACUGACGAAUUCAAGCAGGUUGCACUCGGUGUCCGCCAAAAAGUACUGAUUAAAACAAAGAGUAGCCCAACGGCGGUUCAACGGUUAGCCAGGGUGGAUGCUACUGUGUGUGUCAUGCUUUCUUUGCAGGUACAAGAAACAUGUGCAAGAUUAAUGAAAGAAUUAGCUACUUUACUUGAAAGUCCUACAUUCGUUCCAAUAUCUAUUGGUAUUGGCUGCAGCGAAGAAAACCAGAUAACCGUUACUAAUACGGCAGACGACAUUGAACAAUCUCUGAGAGGUCUGCUACAAAAGAUUAUUGACAAUGUACCUUUUGACGUCGACGAUAUUCCUGCAAAAUGCAACCUAAAACUUACCAUCCCAACCGACGUACAAUUGAUAUUCGAAGAUUGUAUUAGGUGUUUUACGUCUAAAUGCUGCCAAGAGAAGGACGCCUACGUUACAGAAUGUGAGGCUCGUUUUGGCGAUAUAAUUCGUGGGGAAGUGACGGCCAAAAUGGAUGAGCUUUUGACCAUUGAAGAACCCAGUAUUGAUGAAUGUAUCCCCGCAAUAAUUGACAUUCGUUCGCGAAUGAAACAGGUGAGCCUUCUGUGGGAAAUCGAACCUCAUCACCGUCUAUGGUUCCUGAACAGAGAAUUAAAAAACGUUAUGUUUAGUCGUUUGACGUGUAACAAAACUCGCUUAGAAGAAUGUUUACUCGGGCAGUAUCGUAAGGAAACCAGUCGUUUGCUAGGUGAACUGGAUCGUAUGAAAAAGCAGAUUCUGCAGCCUCCUUCUAAUACGAUGGAACUCCUUGGUCGUAGUGCCUAUCUAGAGGAGGCACGAAAUAAACCUCUGAAUGAUCUUAUCGCCUCCAUGACAGCACUUAAAGGACUUUUCGUUCGGCUUACGGACAUUGUUACAUACACCGAAGCUGACGUCAUCCGGUCUUCCCAAGCCUUCUUUGGACCUGACGAAAUUGUUCCAAUGCUUGAUGAUGGCGCUGAGCUAAUUGCCAAAUAUCGGAGGCAAUUUGAAGACCGCUAUCAAGAAGUGCUAGAAAAAACACAGAAAGAUUUAAAACGAUUGAAGGUGAAGAUGAAGCAUUUUAACAAUUGUGGAGACUGGGAUUCGGUUGAGUAUUACGUUAAAGACAUUACUGCCAUGUCUCGCAAAGUCCAAGAAAUCCAACGCACAGCUAAUUGGAUCACUCAAGAAGAAAUUCAGCUAAAGUACCCUAUAACAUCUUUCCCGGAAAUAGCCGAAAUCAACACAUAUAUCGAGCCCUACAUUCGUCUUUACGUCAGCAUUAACUCUUGGCGUAAACUACUUAAACGAUGGUUAGAUGGGGAUUUCCAUAAUUUAAAUGCUGACGAUAUUGAAAAUCAAACGGAUGAAAUGUCAAGGGAAAUGUUCCGACUGCAGAAAGUGUUCCGAGCCAGAGGAAAACAAUUAGAAGCCGGUAAUGCGCAAUCAAGAAAAGCCAACGAAGGGGCCAAUCAAAUGGGAGCAUCGUUAAAGAUGUGUCAGAGAGGUUUGGAUGACGUUAAAGAAUUCAAGGUUCAGCUGCCUAUAGUCGGAGUAAUUUGCAACCCGGGUCUACGAGACAGGCACUGGAAAGACAUGUCUGACCUGGUAGCCAAAGAUCUGAAACCAAAUACUGGAACCACUUUGCGAAAGUUCUUAAAUCUCGGCUUGAUGCCCUAUUUAGAAAAAUUUGAAGUUAUCAGUGGGGCUGCCAGCAAGGAAUUUAGUCUAGAAAAAGGCAUGAAAUCGAUGGCUGAGGAAUGGAAUGUCGUAGUUUUCUCUACCGCCAAAUACAGAGACACAGACACGCCUAUUUUAGCAGGUGUGGAUGAAAUCCAAGCCCUUCUAGACGAUCACCUUAUUAAAACACAAACAAUGAAAGGAUCGCCUUUUGUGCGCCCAGUUGAAAAACAAUUACUGGCAUGGGAGGCCACUUUACUCAGAAUCCAGCAAACUAUUGAGGAGUGGUUAAUAGUUCAGAGUCAAUGGCUUUAUUUAGACCCGAUUUUUUCUUCGCCUAAUAUCAUCGACCAGAUGCCUGAUGAGGCCGCUCUUUUCAAGAAUGUGGACGCAAUUUGGCACGGAGUAAUGGGCGCCCUCGUUUCAAAUCCAAACGUGAUGCAAACAGCAGGAUCUGUAGGGAUGUUGGAACAACUGGCUCAUUCUUCAAAACUCCUAGAGCAAAUCAACUUUGGUGUCAAUGCAUAUCUUGACAAAAAGCGGCUCUAUUUUGCAAGAUUCUUUUUCCUUUCAAACGAGGAAAUGUUGGAUAUAUUGUCGGAAACUAAGGAUCCACUUAGGGUUCAGACUCACCUUAAAAAGGUCUUUGAAGGAAUCGCCUCCUUAGAGUUUGAUGAGGACUAUGUCAUCCACGCAAUGAUCAGCCCGCAAGGUGAGCGGGUCCCCUUCGUUAACCCUGUAAAGACUGCAGAUGCCCGUGGAAGCGUAGAAGUUUGGCUGCUCCAGGUUGAGGAGGCUAUGAUUGAUGCAUGUCGACAUAUAAUUCAACAAUCACUGCGUACCUGUGUAGAAUCUAGUCGACACGAUUGGGUAGCCAAAACACCCGGACAAGCUGUCUUGUGUGCUGCUCAAGUUCAAUGGGCAGCCGGUAUCACCCAUGCCAUUAUUCAAGGGCCUAAAGCCUUAAAGCAAUAUUACCAAGAUAUAUGCAGUAAAUUAAAUGAAAGCGCAUCGCUUGUGAAGAUGCCGUUAGCUAAACUGACACGUACCACGUUGGGCGCUUUAGUAGUAACGGAGGUCCAUACACGAGACCUGGUGCAUGAGCUGAUAGAGAACAACGUGACUGACAUAAAUAACUUCAGUUGGAUUUCUCAAUUACGGUAUUACGCAGACGAAAACAACGAAAUCCUUGUCCGAAUGAUCAACGCAACUUUGAAGUACGCGUACGAGUAUCUGGGAAACACGUCACGAUUGGUUAUAACACCGCUAACUGAUCGCUGCUACCGAACUCUUAUUGGAGCGUACCAUCUACAUUUGAGUGGCGCACCGGAGGGACCUGCCGGCACUGGCAAAACUGAAACAACAAAAGAUCUUGCCAAAGCUCUUGCUGUCCAAUGCCUGGUAUUUAAUUGCUCUGAUGGUCUGGAUUACGUAGCCAUGGGAAAGUUUUUCAGAGGACUGGCCUCUUCCGGAGCAUGGGCCUGUUUUGACGAGUUUAACAGAAUAGAGGCUGAAGUGUUGUCGGUGGUGGCUCAGCAAAUGCUAUCCAUUUUACACGCCAUUCAGUCUCACAUGAAGACUUUUAUUUUCGAAGGAGUUGAGUUGAAAUUGAAUCCCAUGUGCUUUGUAUGUGUAACAAUGAAUCCAGGUUACGCAGGUCGUUCGGAAUUGCCUGAUAACUUGAGGGUUUUGUUUCGAACUGUGGCUAUGAUGAUUCCUGAUUAUUCCAUGAUUGGAGAAAUCUCAUUGUACUCAUAUGGAUUCACUGAUGCCCGCAAUCUAGCCACAAAAAUUGUCACCACUUAUAAACUCUGUUCGGAACAGUUGUCCACACAGAGUCACUACGAUUACGGUAUGCGUGCUGUGAAAUCUGUUUUGGUAGCUGCUGGUAAUCUUAAAGUCCAGUCGCCGGGUGACGCAGAAGAUUCUUUGAUUCUUAGAUCACUGAUGGACGUGAAUCUCCCCAAGUUCCUUAGUGGGGAUUUAAUAUUGUUUCACGGCAUUAUUGCGGACUUGUUCCCCGAGAUACCUCUCCCUCAGUCUAAACACAAUGCUUUACUUGCGGCUAUUCAACAGGCCUGUGACGAACGAGAUUUGCUGCUAACGGACAAGUUUGCCCAGAAGGUCAUCCAAAUGUACGAGAUGAUGUUAGUAAGACAUGGUUUCAUGCUUGUAGGUCGGCCGAUGGGAGGUAAAUCGACAGUAAUACAGGUUUUGGCGUCGGCCUUAAAUAUUCUUUCAUUGGAGGAUAAUGACGAGACCGGUGUUAUUUAUCGUACGUUGAACCCAAAAGCCGUCACACCUGGACUGCUAUUUGGUCAAUUCGAUCCCGUAACCCAUGAAUGGGUUGAUGGAAUUGUGUCGCUAAUAUUUCGUGAACUGUCAACAUCAGAAUCGGUGACACGCAAAUGGAUCAUCUUUGACGGACCUGUAGACGCUGUUUGGAUCGAAAAUCUCAACACUGUACUCGAUGACAACAAGAAACUUUGUCUAGCGUCUGGUGAGAUAAUCGGUCUCACGCCAUCAAUGUCCUGUAUAUUUGAAGUUAUGGAUCUCGCACAGGCGUCACCUGCCACCGUUUCUCGUUGCGGUAUGGUAUACGUUGAUCCUGGUGAUCUUGGCUGGCAACCUCUUUUUCACACAUGGCUUAAAUCCUUUACAGCAAACUGGAAAGCCGCACUUGAACCUGUGCUCAUUAGCCUUAUUCAAUGGCUUAUUCCGGCAUCUCUUAGUGGCAUCCGCAAAUUUGGCGUUGAAUUGUUGAAUGUUGAAGAGAACAGCAAAGUCUCGUUCCUGUUGCGUAUGGUACAAGCUUUAAUGCAACGAAGUUGCGCUGGAUUGAAAGAUGUGAGAUAUGGUCGUGCCUGGCUACAGGCGUCCAUACUGUUUGCUCUCACAUGGACAGUUGGCGGCGCUUUAGAAAGCGAAAGUCAGAUCAAAUUCGAUACGUUUAUCAGAUCUUUGCUAUCAGGUAAAAGUGAGGCGUUUCCCUAUCCAACGAGCGCUGGCCGGUGGGAAUGUCAUUUACCCUCUGAUGGAACCCUUUACGAUUACGUGUAUGAAUACAAACAACGAGGACAGUGGCGUCAGUGGGCCGAAACUGUUCGUAACAUCCCCAUUCCUGACGCCAAGUCGCUUAGAGAACUUACUAUUCCAACUGUGGACACUGCCAGGUAUUCAUAUCUGCUGGACUUGAGCUUGGCAAGUCGUACCCCAAUCCUUCUUGUUGGUCCCACCGGAACAGGAAAAUCGCUUUGCAUUCAGGAAAAAAUGAGUGGCUUUAGUGAAGAAGAAUUCGCUUCUCUUUGUAUGACAUUCACUGCUCAAACAUCCGCCGCCCAAGUUCAAGAUCUUAUACUCAGCCGAUUGGAGCGACGCAAAAAAGGCAUCUAUGGCCCUCCUGCUGGCCGACGUUGUUUAAUUUUUGUAGACGAUCUCAAUAUGCCGGCUAAAGAAACUUAUGGAGCUCAACCAUCCCUUGAACUUCUCCGACAGUACUUUGAUUAUCAUCAAUGGUAUGAUCGAAAAGAGGCUAACCUUCUUGAUAUACAAGAUCUUCAAAUUUGGGGCGCAAUGGGCCCUCCAGGUGGCAGUCGUCAAGAAAUAUCUCCACGUUGUCUACGCCACUUUCAUAUUAUUGCCAUUAAUCCAUUCUCCGAUUCGACGAUGACUCACAUCUUUAGCACCAUCCUUACAAUACACUUGAGCAAAGGUGGAUUUCCACCAGACGUCUUCAGUCUCGUGGGUUCUAUCGUAUCCGCCACGUUAGAGAUCUAUCGUGCAGCAUUAAGAGUACUCCUUCCUACUCCUUCUAAGGCUCACUAUGUUUUUAGUUUGAGAGACUUUGCCAGAGUUAUCCAUGGUUGUUGUCUUAUUCAUAAAGACGCCGUUGAGAAUCGCAAGACUUUCCUACGACUUUGGAUUCACGAAGUAUUAAGAGUCUUUGGUGAUCGAUUAGUUGACGAGAAUGACACCAAUUGGUUAUACAACAUGCUGCGGGAAUGCGUCCGCACCCACUUUCGUGAGAACUUUGACAGUUUACUUGAACAUCUUGGACGCACAGAUGGCAGAGUCACGUUGGCGAGUUUAGACAACUUAAUGUUUGGAGAUUACACUGUACCGGACUUGCUGCAAGAAGACAGAAUUUACAAGGAGGUUACAGAUAUUCCUCGCCUUGACUCCGUCAUCAUGAGCUAUAUCACAGAUUAUAAUAAUACUAACAAAACCCGAUUGAAUCUCAUCCUUUUUCAAUAUGUAUUGAAACACCUCAGCCGCAUAAGCCGAGUGUUGCGAAUUUCGGGAGGCCAUGCAUUACUUAUUGGAGUAGGUGGAUCGGGAAGACAAUCCCUAACGAAGCUGGCAGCUUCAAUGGCAGGAUACACGCUGUUUCAGCCGACUGCAAAACCUAAUUAUGGAAUUAAUGAAUGGCGGGAAGAUGUGAAGCGUGUAUUGCGAACGGCUGGUGGUCUUGGCCGUGAUGUUGUCUUUCUCAUUUUGGACUCCCAACUAAAUAAUGCUGCCUUUCUUCAAGACAUCGAUUCUAUGCUCAAUAGUGGUUUAGUACCUAAUAUCUUUUCCGUGGAGGAAAAACAAGAAUUAAUUGAAUUGGUUAGGAAAAAUCGCCAGAGUGCACCGCAAAUGGAAAGCAGUCCUGCAUCAUUAAUGACUUAUUUUGCCCAACAAUGCAAGGAUCAUUUACACUUGGUGUUGGCUUACAGUCCCCUUGGAUCCAGCCUACGUGACAGUGUCCGGUAUUUUCCCUCUUUGAUCAACUGUUGCACCAUCGACUGGUUUGAAGCGUGGCCUGAAGAGGCUUUAGAAAAUGUAGCUGUGAGCACGGUCGAGACGAUUGAAAUCCCUGCUGAAACAAAGCGAAAGGUCGUUGUAGCCUGUAAAUAUUUCCACAUGACAGCUACGAAAUAUGCCAACCUUUUUACAUUAAAGUUGGGCCGGCCAGUCUACGUCACUCCUGCAUCGUAUUUAUCAUUACUCGCUGGAUUUAGCAACUUAAUGUUGGAGCAGCAGCAACAGAUCAGACAAGCAAUUGAGAGAUACCGAAAUGGUUUGUCUCGUCUGGCCGAAGCAUCCGCUCAGGUCAAUCAAAUGCAAAUCGAAUUGUCCGAACUCCAGCCCAAACUUGUCGAAGCCUCCAAGCAAACGGAUCUUAUGAUGAAAACCAUUCAGCAAGAAUCUGGUGAAGUUGAAAAAACUUCUACACUCAUUCGAGCUGAUGAAGUUGCAGCAAAUGAAGAAGCAGCCAUUUCGCAAGCAUUAAAAGCUGAAUGUGAAGCUGAUUUGGCUGAAGCAUUACCUGCUUUGGAAGCUGCUUUGGCUGCGCUCGAUACUCUCAAGCCCGCUGACAUUACGUUGGUCAAAUCCAUGAAGAAUCCACCCAAGGUAAUCAAAACUGUAAUGGCUGCUGUAUGUGUCAUGAAAGAUAUCAAACCAGAAAAAAUUCUAGAUCCUGAUGGAUCUGGUAAGAAGAUCCUUGACUUCUGGGGACCUAGCAAGAAAUUACUCAACGAUUUGGGCUUUCUUACUCAGCUUAAAGAAUACAAAAAGGAUAGCAUCCCACCCCAUAUUAUGCAAAGAAUUCGCACAGAAUUUCUACCCAAUCCAGAUUUUGAGCCAUCCGUAGUGGCCAAAGCCUCCAGCGCUGCAGAAGGACUUUGCAAAUGGGUUAAAGCCAUUGAAAUUUAUGACAAAACAGCCAAGAUUGUUAUGCCGAAGAAGGCAAGAUUAGCUUCAGCCGAAGCCAGUCUUGAAGAAACGAUGAACUUGUUGAAUUUGAAACGAAAUCAGCUAGCAGUUCUAGAGGCCCGCUUGGCCCAACUGAAGGAUGAUUAUGCCGAAGGAUGCCGAAAGCGCCAACAAUUAUCCGACGAUGUUGACAUGUGCUCGAAAAGACUUAGUCGCGCAUCAGCUUUGAUUGGUGGAUUAGGAACAGAGAGAGAACGUUGGUCUGAAGCGGAAAUCAAGUUGAUGGACAAACUAGAGAACUUAACUGGAGAUAUUAUGCUCUCGGCUGCCGUUAUGGCCUAUCUGGGACCGCUGACAUCGGCCUUCCGCGACAAGUGCACAGCCGAUUGGGUCCAGUUUACUACCAAUUUGGGAAUACCAUGUUCAGCUCGGUUCAGCUUGUCGGACACACUCGGUUCUGCCGUUCGGAUUGAAGGCUGGACUGAAUCUGGCCUUCCUAGAGACAGUUUUUCGAUUGAUAAUGCAGUCAUGGUUUAUCAUCAGAAGAAAUGGCCGCUGUUGAUUGAUCCUCAAGGACAGGCAAAUGCAUGGCUCAAAAGCUGGGAACUUGGUCGAGGCUUAGUGAUUUUACGAGCUGGACAAGCUGACCUUCUUCGUCAACUGGAACAAACGAUCCCUUCUGGUCGGCCAGUGCUAAUUGAAGAAGUUGGGGAAGAAUUAGACCCUUCAUUAGACCCUCUUCUGUCACGCUCCAUCCAAAAGCAAGGCGGAGUCGAAAUGAUUCAGCUGGGUGAUGGAAUGGUUGAGUAUCACCGCGACUUCCAGCUAUACAUGACUAGCAAACUAAGAAAUCCUCAUUUCCUGCCAGAAGUUACAACCAAAGUUUUGGUUAUUAACGCCGCCAUUACUUUAAAAGGUUUAGAAGACCAGUUGCUUGGUAUCGUGGUCGCUGAAGAACGGCCAGAUUUGGAAGAGAUGCGCCAAAAACUAGUGAAGGAAGGUGCAGCAUGUCGUACAGCCUUGCAAGAGGUAGAGGACCAGAUAUUGGCUACGCUGAGUAAAGGAGGUAACCUGUUGGAAGACGAAGCGGCCAUUCGAGUUUUGGAUGAAUCCAAAGUCUUGUCGGCUGAAAUUGUUACAAAGCAACAGUUGGCCGCAGAAACAUCAAUUCGCAUGGAACAGUCAAGACAGGCUUACAUGCCCGUGGCUCAGCAUGCAGCUGUACUGUUCUUCUGUUUGGCUGAACUGAUCAAUCUUAGUCCGAUGUACCAGUAUUCCCUGAAGUGGUUUAUUCGAUUAUUCCUUUUCUCCAUUCGCAAUUCUGUUCGCCCAGAACGUGUAGAAGAGCGUCUGGAGAUUCUUCAAAAUCACUUUGAUCGUGCGUUAUACACAAAUGUUUGUCGCAGCCUGUUUGAGAAAGACAAACUUCCAUUCAGCAUGGCGCUGGCCUCAUCACUCAUGAUUCAACGUGGUGAAAUGUCCGCUGUCGAGAUCGAUCUCUUACUCACGGGUAGCAAAAGUCUAACCCGCGGAGUAGCAGCCGAAUGUCCUGAAUGGCUAAGUCUAAAGACGUGGGAUCAAAUCUGUCAGUUGGCAACCGAACCACCGUUUAUAGACGUCAAUAUCUCCCUGAUGCGACAAGGAAAUCAUUGGCAAUCAGUUGCUGAUGCAAUCAAUCCUUACGAGAUGGAGUUACCAGAAGAUUGGAAAAUGAAAUGGAAACCAUUCCAGCGACUCCUUUUCCUACGCUAUUUGGCACCUAGCAAAAUUGUUCGGAUGGUAAGAACGUUUGUUGCUGAACAACUUGGCGAAGAAUUUGUCCAGCCACCUCCGUUCGAUUUGUCCUGUUCUUUUGCGGAUUCGGAUUCUACAACGCCCUUAAUCUUCUUGCUGACCGCUGGCGCUGACCCUAUGGCCUGCUUACUUAGGUUUGCUGAAGAGCAUCGUGCUGGCGAUGGGACGCUGCACAUAGUUUCUCUUGGUCAAGGACAAGGCGUCCUGGCCGAAGAAAAAAUUCAGCAGGCUAUAGGCAGUGGAGAGUGGGUGAUUCUCCAAAACUGUCAUUUGGCGGCCUCGUGGAUGCCAGCAUUGGAACGCAUUUGCCAGAAGCUAAGCAGCCAAUCUCUUCAUCCCAGUUUUCGCCUGUGGUUGACCAGCUAUCCAUGGGAAAGCUUUCCAGUUUCUAUUCUACAGAAUGGGGUUAAAAUUACGAACGAGCCUCCAGUCGGGUUGAAAGAAAACGUACUGAGGACUUUCAAUCCGGAUCCGUUGGAUGAUCUUGUUCAACAGCAGGAUCAGCUUGAAUGGCCAACUCAUAAAAUGCUGACUCUACGCAAGCUCAGUUAUUCUCUCUGUUUUUUCCAUGCAUUAGUACAAGAAAGACGAACUUACGGUGCCAUUGGCUGGAACAUCCCUUACGCUUUUGAUGACUCUGAUCUACAAAUUUCAUUGAAACAAAUCCGCAUCUUCGUAACUGAUUACGAGCAAGUGCCCUACCAAGCAUUGCAGUAUUUGGUAGGAGAAUGCCAUUACGGUGGAAGAGUGACGGACGAUUGGGAUCGCCGUACGUUAAGCACGCUAUUGGCUGAUUUCUGCAAUCCAGAGUUGGUCGAAAAUCCCAAUUAUUCUCUCGUGCAACCGGUUCAUCCGCUGUAUAACCUGCCACAUUCGGCUGAUUAUGAAUGUUUCUUGGAAGCAGUUCAACGUUUACCAGUUUUGCAAGCACCCAACGUUUUUGGCAUGCACGAAAACGUUACUAUUGGGCGUGAUUUACUUGAAGGCGACUAUCUGCUUAGCAGUCUUCUAGCGCUUCAAGGUUGCUAUUCUUCCGGCAUUGACGAAAGCGGAGAUGGUGAACAACCCAGUGGAGAAGAAAUUCAAGAAGAUUCAGCAGAGAAAGCGCAACAGCAAUCUGCACCAGCACCUCCGGUUUCGUCUCAGAAAAAACCUACAGAUGCAAUCUUAAACGAAAUGAUUCAAGAUUUGAUCCAACAGCUACCUGAAAGCUUCGAUCUUGAUUUGGCUGAAGAGAAAUUCCCAAUCAACUAUCUAAAACCAUUGAACACAGUUUUGGUUCAAGAAAUGGGACGUUACAAUCGUUUAGUGGGAAUUAUCCGAACUAAUCUUGGAUCAUUGCAACGAGCUGUUUGUGGUCAUGUGACAAUGACAGCAGAGCUGGAAUCGACAGGCAAAGCAUUGCUCAGCAAUCGUGUCCCAGCCGUCUGGAAAGCAGCAUCUUAUCCUAGUCUAAAGCCCAUGCGAGGUUAUUUCAGCGAUUUGCUGGAACGGCUGCAAUUCUUUAGGUCCUGGUACGAAGACGGACAACCUGCCAUUUUUUGGCUGCCGGCUUUCUAUUUCCCCCAAUCGUUUCUGACCGGCGCUUUGCAGACAACUGCACGUAAAAAUCGAAUUCCAGUUGAUUGCCUCUACCACCAUUGCCGAGUUAUGAGUCCCCAAAAAGUUGGCAAUCUUGAUACACCACCGGCGGAAGGUGUAUACGUUCGCGGUUUGUACCUCGUAGGAGCUCGCUGGGACGGUGACGAGGAGACAUUGACGGAGCAACGUCCCAAAGUUCUAUGGGAAGAGAUGCCUGUUCUAUGGCUAAAUCCAUCCGAGCAUUUAAAAGGAAAUAGCAACCAGGUGGCAACCCAACUGGAGUCACGUGGAACAUACACCUGUCCUCUUUAUCGCACGUCCGAGCGACGUGGGGAGCUUUCAACGACAGGCCAUUCUACUAACUUCGUUAUGUCACUGGAGCUACCGACUAAGAUACCACAUAGCCAUUGGAUAAAACGAGGCGUAGCCCUCAUUACCCAAUCAGAUGAUUAAAAUCAAUUAUUCAGCAUAAGGAAGCCUUUGUUGUUAACUGCCAAUAGUUUACUAUACUAACUUUUGUAGUUUGACAAAAGAAGCAAGCAGGAACAAGGAAAUGUAAACGAGUGUGACGGAAUUGGCUAAGUUUAGUUCAGCUGCUUCGAAAUACAAUCGAUUACGUUUGCGUAACCUGUUGCAACGGUUACCGUUCAAUUUUAGAUGCAUGGCAUAGUGUAGAAGAUUGAAGAACUCUAACAAGCAUU